CAGUCGCCCUGGUGUUUCCUUCAGGCGGCUUACAUGCUAGUGUUGUGUUAGCUUGCUGAGCUGAGCGGACACACGGUUUCUCGGCGUAAACUCGGGGAUGUGUGUGAGUUUCCGCGGUGUUUAGUGAGGUUCGGUGGCGUCUGACUGAGGAACAUGUCUGUGUUGGGGAGUCUGUUAAACACAGGGUUAUCUCUGUGGAGAAGCUCACUGCAGCUCUGCACCACACACCUGCACACAGGAGCAUGUUUGCGUGUGCGGAUGCACGCCAUCCCGCCCCUGAAGCAGGUGGACCGGUGGACGGAGAAGAGGAGCAUGUUCGGCGUUUAUGACAACAUAGGCAUUCUGGGUGAUUUUAAAGCCCAUCCUAAAGAGCUGAUCAGAGGGCCUGUGUGGCUGCGGGGUUUCCGUGGUAACGAGUACCAGCGGCUGAUACGCAAGAAGAGGAUGGUGGGAGAUCGCAUGAUGACGGAGGACAAACUGGUGCUGGAAAAGAGACUGCGCUUCCUGUAUCGCCGCUUCAACCGCUACGGCAAACACAGAUAGACCUGCUCUGUGUGUGUAUGUGUGUGUGUGUGUGUGUGUGUUUUCAGUUAAAUAAAGUAAAAAUGUAAAACUAACCUCA